AUGAGCUUUAUGGCCAAGGUCAAUCAGCUCAAAAACAAGGCCGUGGAUGUGGCCAUGAACUACACCCCAAUCGAGGUCAAAGUUCGUGAAGCCACCAACCCGGACGAAGCCUGGGGUCCCCACGGCACGCUCAUGAGCGAGAUUGCUCAGGCGACUUACUCCUAUGAAGAGUACCCUGAAGCCAUGAACAUGCUCUGGAAGCGCAUUCUGAAGGACCGCGAGGGCAGAAACUGGCGCCGAAUUUAUAAGGGCCUGCUGGUUUUGGCACACCUGAUCCGAAACGGCAGCAGCCGUGUCAUUGAUAGUGCCCGCGACCAUGUCUAUGACCUGCGUCAGCUCGAGCGCUUUGAAUUUCUAGAUAAGAUGGGCAAGGACCAGGGCAUCAAUGUCCGCCAAAAGUCCAAGGACCUUUGCGAUCUGCUCGCAGAUGACGAGCGUCUCCGAGCUGAACGUCGAACUGCCAAGACCAACCGCAAGCGCUACAAGGGCGUUGCCAAUCCCAACUUCCGAGGCUACGAUGAUGAUGAUUAUCACACGGGCGGCUUUGGCGGCGGCCAAGGCGGCCGCAGCCGCUAUAAAGACGACGAUGCCGACUCAACCGACUCUACUAUCCGACACUCCACACAAACUCGCAGUCGGUUCCGUGAUGAUGACGAGGACGAUGAUUCAUACGUCGGACCAAGUCAACAUUCCAGCUCCCGCCGCCGCGAUGCCGAGGAUGGUGCUGACGAUGAUUUUGCGACGCUGCGCAAAACUGAGGACAAGCCAGCGUCGCAAGCCGACAACGGUGGCCUGAUUGACCUCCUGGGCGGUGCUUCUACAUCUGCUGCCCCGGCCUCAUCUCAAGCGGCCAACUUUGCCAACUUCAACCCGCGUGCCGGCGGCGAUGACGAUUUCGGGGCGUUUGCCGGUGCCGACAGCGGAUCUGCCAAGGCUGGCAAUACUGACGACUUUGCUGAGUUUGCUUCGGCCUCCACCUCCUCAGCGGCCCCCGCCGGCUUUGAUCUGCUGGGUGCCUCUUCACCCAGUGCCCCAACCUCAGCGCCUGCCAAUUCCUCCGCAGACCUCUUUGGUGCAUUUGGCUCGGCACCCCCCGCUUCCGCUCCGGCUGCUGUCAACAAUGAUCCAUUUGCAAUGAUGAUGGGUGGCUCAGCCCCUGCUGCCCCCGUUACGUCGUCGGGCUCGGGUGACCUGCUUGCUCCGAUGCAAUCAUCCUCAAGCGCCAGCCAGCCCCCAGCUUCUUCAGCUGCGCCCAAAAAGGCAGCUGGCCCCACCGUCAUCGCUGGUGUGACGUUUGAUUUGGACAACCUCACAAUGGACUCCAAGAAGCAAGCGCAACAGAGUCGUGCCGCUGCCGCUAGCAACACGAGCGUCUUCGACAUGGGGGGCGGUAAUGCGGCAGCCAGCACCAUGAGUUCUGGCUAUGGCGCGCAGCAAAUGGGUCAACGAGGCGGCAUGCAGCAGCAGCCCAUGAUGAUGGGUGGCAUGCAGCAACCCAUGAUGAUGGGUGGUAUGCAGCAGCAACAGCCCAUGAUGAUGGGCGGCAUGAUGGGCGGCAUGCAGCAGCAACCCAUGGCGGGCAUGGGUGGCAUGGGCAUGAUGCCACAGCACCAGCAGCAACAACAGAUGAUGGGCAUGGGCAUGAACUACGGUGGUCAAAACAUGUACAACGGCGCCGCCCAAGGUUCUGUCUUCCGAUAAGUGCUUUGCCCUGACCUUGGACACUUGUGGUCACUUUAGCUGGGUUCUAGCCAUGUGCAGUCUCCUUUUGCUGUCUAGUUUUGGACCGAGGUUUGCCGGGUCGCAUUCAAUCUGCGACUCCUGCAUGUGCUGUUCUUUUGUGCUUGAUGCUCUCUUUUGUUUCUAACACCCUCGGCUUUUUUUUUUUCUUUGCCUUGUCUUUCUUCUUCUUGUUUUGCUCUUCUGGUUUGAGAGGUUGUUGGACUUGUCGCUUUUUGCUCAUUGUUGUUUGGCGAUUGCUUGAACAAAGCCAAAUUGCAUGAGUCAUCGAUUGUUU